AUGGGUAGUGGUAGAGCUGCCAUGAAGAGGCCUGCUUCCAAGAGUGUGGCAAUGAAGAAGGUAGUGAAACCGAAGAGCAAGGCAGCAGCCAAAGGAGCUAGGGCCAAAAAGAAACCAGCUGGACAGACUGGUGGGAAGAACCGGGGCCUUCUCAAGAAGCCUGCCAAUGCUGACCCUGAAGCAGAGAAGGUGGCAGAGGAAGGAGAAGAGGAGGAAGUCUUUUCAGAUGAUGAGGUGGUGAACCCCAAAGUGACAGCAAAGAACUUGAAGACCCACCAGCAGCUCCUGGCUGCCAAGCUCUGCAGUGCCAAGGAGAUUGACAAGGCCUUGGCCAACUUGCCAGCAAAUGAGGCCCAGGUUCUGUGGAAGAAAUUCGAAAAACAAAGGCAGCUGGCUGGAGAAGAUGAUAGCUACAAGGAUGUCCUUCAUCCUGGACAAGGGCAGCAUUGGAAAGAACUAUACAAGACUGCCAUGUUGACCUUUGAGAGCAAAGAAGAGAAAGGUGGAGAGGCCAAGUUCAACACUUGGAAGCAACAAGUGGACAAGUAUGGGAAAAACGAAGCAGUGGCCAGGCUGAAGGCAGGAACCAUGAAGUUCAGGAAGAGCCCCAGUGACCCCAGGUUCUUUGAGUUCCUGGACAGUACUGAAUACUACAAGUGGAGCCAAACAAAGAAGAGAAGAACUGAGUACUCCACUGACAAGCACAAGGCCAGCAAGGAUGACUGGCUCAGCAUGGAGAAUUUGUCCCUGGAGGACAUUGGGGAGGGCAGCUUUGGCCUUUCUGGAAAUUUGGAUGACAUGGAGAUGGAGCCUGAGCUCAAAGACUUCUUCCAGAAGCAGCUGGCAGCCAAAGACCUAGAUGAGGACCGAAAAAAGGAUGAGAACAAGAAACCUGAGGAGAAGAAAAAUGAAGACAAGAGGCCUAAGUGGGAGGAGAUGAGCCAGGUCAGCAAGACAGACAACAAGGACUCCCUGCUGAAGAAGCUUCUGGCCUUCAAGACUGAGCUCUGCAAAGAUGAAGCGACACUGCAAGAGGCCAGGCUGGAAGCCAAAGGCAAGUCUUCAAAUAAGGAUGAUUUGAAGAUUCUGCAAUCAGCACUGAAAGCACUGCAGGCCAGCCAGAAAAAGAUUGAGAAGGUCAUCUCAGGAGGCUGCAAGAAGGAAGCUGCCAAGGAAGCUUUGCUUGACAGCUUUGCUGCCUUGGAGAAAGGAAAGAAGUGCAAGAAGCCCUUUGUGCCCACUAAGAAGAAGACUGGCGAGGACAGCCAGGUGCUCAUCCCACCAGAAGACCUACCCCAAGUUGAAGCCUGGGAAGCUGAGAAGAUUAGACAGUGGGAGGAAAGGAAGAAGCAGAGAACCAACCCAGUGCAUGAGGUGGCAGAUGAGGUAGAGUUCAAAGAAGAGCAACAACAAGAUGUACAGGAGAUGUGUGCCCCUACACCGAUGGAUGUCAAGUGCCUCGUGAAAGUGAAGAACAACAUGGGUGCAGUUGAAGAGCUGGCAAAAGAAAUCCCAGUCAUUCUACCUCAUGACUGGGUGGAUACCUUGGAAAGGAAUGGCUUACUAGAGCAGAUGACCUGCAGCCAGGAAUGCCUGGAUGACUUCUGGAGCCAGCAAAACUGGAAGAGCAAUCCUCAGCUGCAAUGCUGGAAGCCUUACUGGGACAGCCUGAGAAGAGGAGGCUAUAGGCCAAUCCCUUGGCUUCUGCAUGGAGAUGGUGCCCCAUUCUCAGAGGUGGACUCCUUGAUGGUGCUGAGCAUGAGAUGUGCUAUCUCACACCAUUCCAUUAAAGUUUCGCAGCUCUUGCUGGCAGCAUUGCCAAAAACUGCAAGUACAAAAUCCUCACUGAAACCAAUUUGGGAAGCUAUUGCUGGAAGUUUCAAGAAAUUGGCAGACAAGAAGAAGGGGGUUUUGUUUGUGCUGGCAGGAGACCUGGAAUACUUUUCUUCAGAGUUUGGAUGGCCAACAGCCAUGAGCAACUACCCUUGCCCUUUUUGCAGGGCAGACAAUUUUUUCGACAUGACAAAGACCAAGCACCCCUUCACAGAUUUCAGGAAAAAUGCAUUGUGGAAGACAACUCUCAGAAGCUGGGAUGACACACCACCAAAUGAGGCACAUCCCCUCUACAAAGUCCCUGGUGUCUCCUUUUGGACCUUGAAGAUGGACCUCCUCCACUUGGUAGACUUGGGUGUAGCUUCCCAUGUUUAUGGAAACCUUUGUGCACUCCUUGUUGGGAAAACUGGCAAAGGCAAGAAAGCAGGUGUGGUGGAAUUGAACAGGUGGGUGGCUGCCAAAUACCAAGAACUGGGGGUCAGAGCAGGAGACAGAAUCCCCAGGUUGAACCCUUCGGAUAUUUUCACAGAUGACUUUCCAUGCUUGAGGCAUGUGAAAGGAAGAAGAGUGAGGAAAUUUGCCCCAGUGGCCACUCUGCUGGCAAAAGAGCUACCAACCACUGAGAAAGGGAAGCACAUUCACCUUUUGUGCCAGUUGCUGGAGGAAGCUUAUGACCUGUGUGACAGAAAAGAGUAUGUCUGGCCAGACAAAAUUGGUAAGGCCUUUGAAGAGAAGAAUGAUGCGCUUUUGGCUCACUAUGGGUGGCUUGCAAAGGACAGCAUGAAGAGUGGUGAAAGCCUGUGGAGUAUAGUGCAGAAGCACCACUUGAUGGCUCACUACCCAGCCCAAUGCAAAUACCUGGCACCCAGGGCUUGCUGGGCCUAUGGUGGGGAAAGCUUCAUGUCGCUUCUGGUGGCUGUGGCUGCUGCAAGUGUGAAAAGCACACCAGCUUGGAUGCUUCCACGAAAGAUUCUCAGCAAGUUUGGGUUUGCUUUCCACCUGAUCCUGGAAGGGGUUUGGAACCCUGAGCUGGAAGAAGACAUGAAGGACUUUAGCUGCUGA